UUUCAAAAACGCCUGCUGAUGAGGAUUUUUGUUUUACCAGCUCAGAUCUUAUACCAGGGGUCGGCAACCUGUUCCCAUCAAAGAGCCAUUAUUACCCGUUUCCCAUGGUAAUUCUGGACGGACCUUAAUAAGCAGUGACUUAAGUGAAGCAGGCAGGUCGCGCUAGAAAAUUUAGUUUAAAAAGACGUCAUAAAUGUGUUCCCUCGUCCUUUUUAUUUAUAAAAUAUGAAGUAAAAACUCACAAUUUAAUUUUCAUUCAUUUGUCAUUAAUAUGUAGUCUACACCCGUGCGUUAAGUGGACCAUCUUCCAGUAAACGCAAAGCAUCCAGCCCACCUCUCCAAAUGCUUAAAAUGUGCAUCAGCGGCUAGUUAGGCGCGUCACUCGCACCAUCAGCUACGUCAGCCCAGACAAGAGCAGAGCAAAUAGAGACAGAAUAGAGGAUAAUUGUGUCUGGAUGUGGAUGGAGAUUACAUUUUACAGCAGCCUGAUCAUCAUUUAAAUACGUAAACUUUAACUGCCACAAUGUAAAUUAUGUCAAUUUGUUUGAUUUAUUGUGUUAUGUAUGUAUCUUAUUUCCCUGGUCUAUUGUUUCUUUUGGGGUAGGAACUAAGUUUCAUGCUGUGUUGCGCACGGCCCAUUUUGGGUGACGGAAAGGGAAGUAAAAGAGCAUGUGAAAAGAAGCUGAGCUAUAACCUACGCAGUCACAGGAAUGAAUAAAUAAGCAGUUUAAAGUAAGGGAAAGCUGUAGAGAAGACGAAGAAGAAACCAGCGAAUUACCUUUGUUAAGUUUUGUUCCUGAAGCGGAUUCACUCCCUUAUGGUUACGUGCAGCCAGCGAGUUUGACGGUGGAUUAAUGGUGUUUUGGAGGAGAAGUGUGAAGGAAGAAUAAAUCCAUCAGUGAAUGAAGAACCGUGGUGUCGUCUAUUAACCGGAGGGAGCGAAAGUCAAACUCGCUGGCCCAAACAUGCCCUAUCAGCGCAAGUUCGGCAGCUCAUCAAGACGGGAACACAGAUAAGCCACUGUUUAGGCCACACAGGUUCAUAAGGUUUUCAUGAAGAAGUCUAUAAGUCAGACUCUAAAGUUUUGGUCUGAAAAGUGACACAAGAGUUGAAAACUAAGAGGGACUGUGUAUAACCUGGCAGCCACGGUGUUUCACGUAUAUGAAUGUGAACUUAAGUAAGACAUGUAAAUUCAUGUUCAGUUGAAUAAUAAUAGUUGGCUCUUAAGGAGCAGAAGUACACCUUGUACAUUUGGUAGAUAUCCAGUUUGUAUUUACGGUUCAGUGUCUUUACAAGUUCGGUGUGUGACAGGUUAUAAGAAGAACUCUGUUAAGUGUACUUACUCUGUAAUAUGCUACAUGGAGAGUGACUUUAGUUAGUUAAGCCCCUUAUUCAGCAUUGACAAAUAGUGUUGCAGCUUGCUCUUGUAUGUUGCCUGUGUACAAAUAAUCAAAAUGUCACAUACAAGUAAAGAAGCUCAGGGUGCAGCAGCUGCUCUGGAAGAAGAGACCGAGUUAGAGCAGACAGAUGAAUCAAAUAUCGGGCAAAAUAUAGCACCACCUGAAGUGCCUCGUAGAAGUGAAAGAGCCCGGACAUUAACAGAAAAGGGAAAGGAGUUUCAGAAAAAGCAAAUCAAGGGGCUAGUGCUUUGCUUUCACAGCAAAUAUGAACGAUGGAAAGCUCUAAUUAAAGUAGCUAAAAGAUCUGUGUUAAAGCAGGAUCCUAGUGACAUCCUACAAGAACACAUCAUCGGUAUUCAAAGGGAAUUAUCUGAAUUGAACAUUGCUUAUGAUGACUACCGAAAAAUUGAUCAACCAUCCCAUGACAUGCGUCGCAAGAUGGAUAACUGCAUCUCGAUCACCAAGACUGUAUUACAAAAUGCUCAAUUUGAAAUACAGCGUACAGCUGAGGAGUUGAUUUGGCCAGAUCACAGUUCUGUAUUCGCAUCUUCAACUUCCAGUGUUUCACUUUCUGCCUCUAAUGGUUCUAAAGCAUCUUCUAUUCACUCAAAUGUAUCUUCACUUAGAAGACAAGAAGCUGCUGCCGAUUAUGCAGCUACACGGGCUGUACUACAGAUUAUGACUGAACAAGAGGACCACCAAGAGAAGCUGCAAAAGCUUGAAGCUGAAGAGAGGUUGAUCAUCGCAGACCAAGAAGCAGCCGCAUUAGCUCGUCGUCUUGAAGGAGAAAGAGAAGAAACCGAACGCAGGAUAGAAAGAGAGAAACAAGAGGCCGCUCUCUUAAAGAAACAGCAAGAAGAGAAUGCUGCAAGAAAGAGGUCUGUAGAGAACCUAAAGAGAGAGCUUGAUCUUUUAGAGAAUUUGAAAAGGAUGAAUGCAGCCAAAGCAAGGCUUCAAGUGUAUGAUGAGAAUGAGCUCAGUCCAGCACAAGGGAAUGCUCCACAGAGCCUAGAUCUACAUAAGGUUAUGCAGCCACUGAACCAAUUGAAAUCUGACAACUGGCACUCACAAUCACCAAAGGAUGCAGUGCCAACACAUGUGCUUCAAGACAGCACAGGAGAGCUUGUGAAAGUCUUAGCUGAGGCUAUAUCAGCAAAUAGGCUACCGAUUCCAGAGCCCACAGUUUUUAAUGGUGAUCCACUCAAGUUUAAUCAUUGGAAGUUAUCCUUCCAAACUCUUAUUGAAAGGAAAAAUAUUUCAAGUUCAGAGAAAAUAUUCUUUCUUCAGAAAUAUGUUGGAGGAGCAGCUAGAGAGGCAUUAGAAGGUUAUUUCCUGAUUGGUUCAGAUACUGCAUAUGUAGCUGCAUGGGGACUGCUCAAUGAGAGAUACGGCCAGCCUUUUAUGACUGCAAAGGCCUGCCGAGACAAAUUACAUGCCUGGCCAAAAAUAGCGUCAAGAGAGAGCGCUGACUUAAGGAAAUUUGUGGAUUUUUUUACGCAGUUGUGAAUGUGCCAUGACUCACAAUGAGUGUCUGCGUAUUCUUGAUGAUGACAUCAAAAAUCAAAGGCUGACAGCCAAGUUGCCUGAUUGGUUAAGCAGCAGAUGGAACCGAAAAGCCACACAGUAUCAGCUGGAGCAUGGGAAGUUCCCAGAUUUCAAGUAUUUCGUAACUUUCCUGACCUUGGAGGCUAGUAUUUCUUGUAACCCUGUUACAUCUUACUAUGCUUUGCGGCAAGGGGAGCAGGAAAGGACAAGAUCUAAACCGCAGAAUGUAGUGACCCCUAAGAGCCAAGCAGCAAGUGCAAGGAUUUUUACCACUAACACCACUGAGAAGAACAUAAGCACAUGUAUGUUCUGUAAGAAAACAGGACAUGUCCUGCACAAGUGUCGUAGACUAACUGCAAGGCCAGUUGCUGACCGAGUGAAGUUCAUUCAAGGUGAGAAACUGUGUUUCGGCUGUAUGAGUCCUGGCCAUCAAUCCAAGAAUUGCAGCAACAGGAUGGUCUGUGACACCUGCUCUAAGCGUCACCCCACAUGCUUACAUGAGGAUCGCUCAAAACAACAAGAAAAUGAUGGGACGAGUUGCAUUAAGGAAAGAACGCUACAAUCGCUGCAAGACACCAUUCAAGAAACCACAUCCAAUAGAGUUGUACAUGAUGGUAACAGUGCUCAGACUUCAGCAAUAGUUCCUGUUUACGCGUCAAUGCCUGGUAAUUCAAAUAAAGAGGUCCUUGUCUAUGCUCUGUUAGAUUCACAAAGUGACUCUUCAUUCAUUCUUGAAGAAGUAGUGGAUGCUCUUGAUGUUAAUGCAGAGCCAGUCAAGUUGAAGCUGUCCACAAUGUCGUCCAAGGAAACAAUUGUACCAUGCAAAAGAAUCAAAGGUUUACAAAUAAGAGGGUUAUCUUCUUUUAAGAAGAUCACAGUGCCAACGGUCUACACUCGUGAAUUCAUACCUGCCAAUCGCACACACAUUCCAACAUCUGAGACAGCAAGGGCAUGGCCUCAUUUAGAGCAUCUUGCAGAACACAUUGCCCCGCCGAAGAACUGUGAAAUCGGUCUUCUUAUUGGGUAUAACUGUCCACAAGCACUGAUGCCAAGAGAAGUUGUAUGUGGUGAGGACAACCAGCCCUUCGCACAGAAAACUGACGUAGGCUGGAGCAUAGUAAGCUAUGGUGAUCCAAGUGAAAACUACAGUGAUGCAAUUGGAGUAAGUCACCGCAUCAUUGUAAGGCAAGUGAUUCCUGAACCCAAAGUAACAAGUAAUCUGAAGAGCAAUGUUCAUUAUGUCUUCAAAACAAGAAUUAAAGAACUGACUGCUCCAGAAGACGUACUUAAGGUGCUGGAAUCUUACUUCAGUGAAAGCAUUAUCAUGAGAAGGUGCAGCAUCAAGGAAGAGGUAUGACUGUAAAUGAGUUGCGAUCUAAUGGGAUAUGGGUCGUUGGAUGCAGUGGUGCAGUUGCCUCACACAUCUUUAAGUGCGUCACAUGCAGAAAGUAUAGAAGGAACAAGCACGACCCAAAAAUGGCAGAUUUGCCAAAGGACAGAGUGGAAAUAACCCCGCCAUUCACAUAUUGUGGCAUGGAUUGCUUCGGACCAUUCUAUGUGAAGGAUGCAAGAAAGGAACUGAAGAAGUAUGGCCUUCUCUUCACUUGUAUGUGUUGCAGAGCUGUACAUAUCGAGAUGCUUGAUGACCUCAGUUCGGAUGCUUUCAUCAAUGCAUUGCGCGUAUUCAUUGCAAUACGUGGGAAUGUUAGGCAGUUGAGAUGUGAUCAAGGUACCAACUUUUUGGGCGCAAAAAGAAAGUUCAUGGACUCAAUGAAGAACUGGGAUCAUGAGUAGGUGAAGGAAUAUGGCUGUGAGUUUGUAAUGAAUCCCCCAUCGUCAAGCCAUAUGGGACGAAUUUGGGAGAGGCAAAUAAGGACAGUCAGAAGUGUCCUAACAGCAAUUCUUGAUCAGUCUGCUAAAACACUUGACACCGCCUCUCUUAGGACAUUUUUGUAUGAAGUGAUGGCUAUAAUAAAUAGCAGACCCCUGACAACAGAGCACCUGAAUGAUCCAACAAGUCUUGAACCGCUCACACCAAAUCACAUUCUGCUGAUGAAGUCUAACAUCAUUUUGCCACCUCCAGGUCAGUUCGUAAGUCAAGAUUUAUACCUGCAUAAGAGAUGGCAGCAGGUGCAGUUCUUGGCGAAUGAGUUUUGGACAAGGUGGAGGAAGGAGUACCUUCUUAAUCUCCAGCAAAGACAGAUAUGGCAUGGGGAUAAGAAAAACAUCAAGGUCAAUGACAUUGUUAUUCUUCAAGAGGACAGUGCUCCACGAAAUCACUGGAGACUAGCAAGAGUCACAGAGGUGUACCCCAGCGCUGACGGAAGGGUCAGAAAGGUGAAGCUGUUGGUUAGCGACUCAACUUUGGAUGAACGGGGAAAACGUUCAACAAGGCCAGUUUAUCUUGAAAGGCCGGUGCAAAAAAUAGUUCUACUGGUUGAAGCUGAAUAAGCAUGUGUUAAACUGUUGUAAAUGCUUAUCACUUGAAGGUUCAAAUCUACAAGGAAAUCUCAAGUUGAGAUUUGGUGUGAGUUUAACUGCCACAAUUUAAAUUAUGUCAAUUUGUUUGAUUUAUUGUGUUAUGUAUGUAUCUUAUUUCCCUGGUCUAUUGUUGUUUCUUUUGGGGUAGGAACCAAGUUUCAUGCUGUGUUGCGCACGGCCCAUUUUGGGUGACGGAAAGGGAAGUAAAAGAGCAUGUGAAAAGAAGCUGAGCUAUAACCUACGCAGUCACAGGAAUGAAUAAAUAAGCAGUUUAAAGUAAGGGAAAGCUGUAGAGAAGACGAAGAAGAAACCAGCGAAUUACCUUUGUUAAGUUUUGUUCCUGAAGCGGAUUCACUCCCUUAUGGUUACGUGCAGCCAGCGAGGUACGUUAACUGUGUUUAUUUAUAGAGUAUCUGUGAAUUUGGGUUAAUGUUUAUUUGUAAUAUUUAUGUUUGGUUAUUCUGUACUUUGAUGUAAUGACAGUUUCACGGUGGAUUAAUGGUGUUUUGGAGGAGAAGUGUGAAGGAAGAAUAAAUCCAUCAGUGAAUGAAGAACCGUGGUGUCGUCUAUUAACCGGAGGGAGCGAAAUAAACCAUCACCUGGCUUCUAGUCCACACUAUCAGCAUUAUUUUA